AUUUGCUUUUUUUUAAAUAGUUUUGAUUAAAAUAAUUGAUAAUAUAAUAUGAAUAAAUUAUAUAUUUUUACAAUUAAUAAGAAUUUUGAUAAUAAAUGAUAUGUGUUAGAAACUUUAAAUUAUUAUGUAUAAGAAACUCAGUAUAAGAAUUCAUAUACAAUGGCCAAUACAAAUACAAUGAGCAAUCAAUAAAUGAAAUCUACAGUUUCAAACUAUAUACCAGCAUUUACUUCUUAAUUGGUUAACCUGACUUUUUUGAUAAUCUUUAAUGAUCUAAAUAUGAGCUUGAACAAUCUCUAAUUCAGUAUUUAAAUAUGGAAGACAAACAUUUUGCAUGGGAUGAAAUUUCUGAUGGACUAAUUUUGUUAAAUAUACAAAAACCAGAAGAUGAACAAAUUAAAAGGCACAAAGGACCAUCUGAUCCCGUUCCGGACUCAAAAGUUUAUUGUCCACAUGCAUACUUACUUUUAAACUUUCGUGAAACUUUAAGUCAACGUGAAAAGAUAAGAUUUAGAAGAUACUUUUUAAGAAAAAUACCUCCAACUGAACCAAAUGUUAUUAUUUUACAAGACAUAAAAGAUCUUGUGCUAUUUUUAUUAGCAACUCCUAUUAGUCCACAAUUUAUUGAUUUUUUUCAUUUGCCCAUUAUGGAUCGAUUCUUAAGAGCAGCAAUAAUUUAUUUUCAAUAUUAUUUGAUAAUAUGGGAAGAAUUAAUGGAAGAACGUGCAGCUACUAUGAAAAAAGCUCCAAAUCCUUUAGCUCAAGGCUAUAGAUCCAAAUAUGCACAUGACAUGCAAAAUCUUCGUUGUAUCUUAGGUAGAGAAUAUGCCGAUUUAAUAGUAGGUUGUCAAGAUAGCAUGCAAUAUCACCAUAUGACUGGUGGAAAAAAGGGAAUGACAUCAGUAACUCAAUCCCAAGGAGAAAAAGACUUAAGAAUGUUUGAGGUAUUGAUUGGUAUAACACAUCGUAUAAUUUGGAUAGCUUUACAACGUAAAUACUUUAGUUUAAUUGAAAUAGAGUUACAUAGAUUAUUUAGAAGCGAAGCAUACAACAUAGCUAAGAGACGAACUCCCAGUCAUGUUGUCCCAGAUAUGUUAGAAGAUGAUACUUUGAUACUACAAGGAAAUAAAAUUCAAGAGAAACGAAGAUUAUUAAGAAAUUCUCCUGUUAUAGAAGAACUAAUAUACUCAAACUGUGAUUAUCGUCUCUUGUCUUUAGGUAUGGGAAAUGAUGUCAAUGAUGAACGAAUUCUUUAUUUGCAAAAUGCUUUGUUGAGUAAAGAAGAUGAAUUACAUGAAUUGGGCAUUAAUAUAGGAAUUUUAGGAGAUAAUAGAGAUAAUUAUGACUUGAUGUUAAUACCACUUGAAGAAGAAAAAGGCUCUGAAGUACAAAUAUUAGAAAAAGGAACAUAUGAAGUAAGAAAAAGUAUAAGAGAUGCAUCAGAUUUAGAGAAAAUUAUAACAACUCAGAAACUUCCAUCAUUUCAAACUGAUUUUAAAGUAACUUGCAAUUUUCCAAUUAUGCUAGGUGAUAUUUCGCCAAAUGGUUAUGAAAAUAAUCGCAAAGAAGCAAGAAAAAAAUGGUAUAUUAGAGAAAUUAAACGUCAUCAUGUUAUAAAUACUGAUACAUACUCUAUAAUAACAACAUAAAUUGUUACACUAAAAGCUACCUAUCACUGAACAUUUAUCUAUAUGAUUAUAAUACAAAAUGAAGAAAAUGAUGAUGAUUAUGCAUAUAUCAGUAAGAUUAUUCGCGAUUAUUUGCAUACAUUGUUACAGCAGAUAGAUGAUGAAAGAUGAAUGACUAUUUAUAUGUAGAUGUAGUUUCUUAAGUUCAGUCAUGUGCCCGUGCAACUGUAUUCUAUCUGUAAAGCUUCUCAAUGAAAAAUAACUUGUUAAAACAACUUUAUCAUUUGUUUAAACAAAAAUUAAGUUACAUUCUUAUUAGAACAUGCAUCGAAUGUAGUACUUGUACUCAAUUCUUGGAUCAGACUCUAAAUAAAAGUUUGAAUCUUACUUAAAACUCAUCACAACUUUUAUAUAAAUUGCAGAAUUUUCAUAGUUUAAUAAAACUGUUAAGGACACCUUAAAUUCACAGUUGCUUUUAGAAUAAUUAUUGAUUGUAAAGAAACUAUAAAUCCAAUGUUCAUGUACAAUAGAUGUACAUUCAUCAAUUUUUACUUCAAUGUUUAGAAAGUAUUUAUCAAUACAUCUUACAAGUAUGUCAGGAUGUUUGGAAAAGAAAAGAAAAAUUAUCAUCGGUACAAAUAAUAUAAAUUUAAAUAACUUGUACGCUUAAUUAAUAUCAGAAUCAAAUUAUAAAAUAAUAAAUAAACAUGAGUCUA